ACUCUGCUCGGUGCGGCUCCGCUCGUCCCGGCCCUGUGGGGUGCUGGAACGACUGCCUGUGCUGAGCUCGGCUUGCAACCCGAAGUUGGAAGCGGCGCUCCGAAGUACGGACAUGCGGCUGGAGAGGGGCAGCGGCCGCUUCCAGUUUCGGGGUUCGUGUCUGACAGAACCCCCGGGGGUGCUCUGCGGGUGCGGAGGAGGCCACUCGACGAAUUGGUACGAGGAGGGGGUGGUGAACUCGCCUUGAGCUCUUUUCUGGACCAGGCAACCUUACUUAGCGCUUCAUCUCUUUAAUCUGAGCUAGGAUCCUUUUAAGAGCCAGCAGGUGGGAGUAGGUCAGCGUUCCCCCCCCCCCCCCCCCGAAGCUCCGGUUGCAGGGAUCUUGCUGGAAGGGCUCCAUGAAUGCUCGGGAUGCCUUUUUCAGCUGGUAGCGCAAAGCUUCCCGCCCAAGUGGAGAACUGGAGCGGGUCUGGAAGUUGAGUCUCUUUUCGCGGGAGGCAUCUCAGAUUUGCCCACCAAAGGGGCAUCUCUACCUUUCUUCGUCUCCUUUCCCCUCUUAGCCCUGUCAAUCUGCUCCUAGAAGAGAAGGCAUCUUUGAUCCUAAGGAAGGAGCUCGGGGAGGAAUUUGAACUGGAAAGCUUGAUCACCUACACCUGGGGAGGCUGCCCAAGCCAGAUACAGUGCCGCUGGUGCGUUUUCUUAUUGAAUCAGCAUCAUUGAACGUUUGGCGGCUCCACGGAGCCUUAGUCAAGCUACGAAUCAGCUCCUAAGCACUAUGUACAUGCACGGGUUCACAGACUCGCCGACACCUAGCCUGGUGCCCAUCUCCCCUCGCCAAGCUUCAGGGACUCCCUUUGGUGAAACGUCUUUAUCCCUGAACUCUUUUCGCUUUUAACUUUUCAAUGGUCUUCCCUCUGAGACAGGCAAGGUUGAUGCGAUGUGACAGGCGAUCUCCGUGUGUGAGGAUGGGUCUUCUGAGCUAUGAUAAUUUUUUCAAACGGCAGAAAUGAUUGGUUCUAGCUACAGAUGGGAAUUCGGAGUCACACUGAAAUACAUCCUGGAAUAAUUGUGUUUGACUGGAACCAAAUCUUACAAAGUCUCCAAGGAUGAGAGUCUGUGCUAAGUCAGUGUUGCUGUCGCACUGGCUCUUUCUAGCCUACGUGUUAAUGGUGUGCUGUAAGCUGAUGUCCGCCUCAAGCCAGCAUCUCCGGGGACAUACAGGCCACCACCAAAUCAAGCAAGGGACCUGUGAGGUGGUCGCCGUGCACAGGUGCUGCAAUAAGAACCGCAUAGAAGAGCGGUCUCAAACGGUCAAGUGCUCUUGCUUCCCAGGACAGGUGGCAGGCACAACUAGAGCUCAGCCUUCUUGUGUUGAAGCUUCCAUCGUGAUUCAGAAAUGGUGGUGUCACAUGAAUCCCUGUUUGGAAGGAGAGGAUUGUAAAGUACUGCCCGAUUACUCAGGUGACGCGGUAGCAGAGAGAGAGGUGUGCUUCAUUCCUGGAGGGGCAGCAGGAUGCAGGGCUCUUGCUGAAAUUCCCAUCCUGGCCACUUUGCAGAAAAUUGUCUUGGAUUUCAGCAACUUCCUAUUUGUAUAUGUGUGCUGUGAGAAGUGGCAUUCACUUAACUGGCCCAGCCCUCUCUGCUUUGUGAUUUUAUUUCAUUGAAUAUAACUGCAAGGCACCACACAUUUGACAUCCUAUCUGGAUUCUCAACGAACAUACCUCCAAAAUCCUAGAAGAGCAAAUCAGAGUUUUCAAAAUGCAUCACUACUACACACACCUUCGGUCUUUACUUUCUUUCUACCUUUACAAAAGAACUUGGAUGUAUGUUUCAAAGGAUCUUGUUUCUGUUCCUCUUUUGACUUUUCCUUUUGCAUUAAGUGGUUUUAAAGGGGUCUAAAUAAUAAAAGAUUUUUAGCAAAUAUAUUUGCAGAUGUAGAUUAACUGGUGAAGAAAACUGGUAGAGAUCAACGGAUUAAGUGGUAAAGAAUAUUUAUUUUAUAAACCCUUGACAAUAGAAGGGCAUAGUUGGAAUAUUAUGUGUGCAUUGUAUUUUUUACUUUUGAUAAUUUAAUUUUUUGCAUUUUGCUUUCCAUUGUCAGGUUAGCAGACAUAAAGUGAGAGUAUUUUAACUUCAAUGCACCAUUUUACUGAGUGCUAAGGAAGCACAUCAAUUCCAAUAUUUUAUAACCAAAGUUCUAUCAGAACAUAUUUAUAAAACUUGUUGGAGUUUUUAUGGCUUUUGUGUAGUCAUGAAGGUAAAUCAUUUAAAUAUAAAACAAUCUCAAUUUAGAUCAAGGGUGAUUUAUUAGAUCAAAUUUAUGCCAAUUCUAUGAAAAUAUUUUGUUACCUCCUGAAGAGGAGUCUUUCAGUGCUGAAUUUUGAGAGAGUAAAUGAGUUGUUCUUAACUUAGCUGUUUCCCUACUUGUUAGCCAUCUUAAUUCUUUAAAAUCAUAGUCUUGAUUGGCUUAAUGAUUUUUCAGCAGACAUGUCUCCACAUAUUCACAGAUGCUGUCAUGCAGAAACAUAUGAAACAGAUGAAGAAUGACUAACCAAGAUUUUAAAUGUAUAUUAUUAUUAAAAUACUGUAAAAAUAUGGGGUGAAUUUUGUAUAUUAAGAAAUGCCAAAAACAGUUUCUGUACCAUGUCAGUUAAUUAUCCCUAUCCGUUCACAUUUAUGGGGGGAAAAUAAAUCAAUACUUCAGUGUUUAUAGCAUAACAGUUACCUGAUUUUAUUAUUCCAGAAGGAAUGGAAAGAUUUGCUAAAUUUUUGCCUAGAUGCAUACUAAAUUUGUUAUGAUCAUAUGAAUAAGUAAAAAAAUUCAUCCUGCUCAUGGCAUACAUGUUUUUGUGGUUAUAUAUGCCUUAAGACUCUGUUAACAUUCUACCUAGGCUUGCACAUUUUAAAUGUGAAAAACUCAUUUUAAAAAUAACAUUUAACUUUGGGGAUGUGAACUACAUGGUAAAGUUGACACAUGUAUUGGGUGGCUUCAUUUCUUCUCCCAAGCCUAUUUACCACUAACCUUAGGCACACUCAUUUAGUAUUGAGUUAAAAAAUAUAUAAGGAGAUUUUAUGGUACAUGGAACAGUGACUUAGUUUUUUAGCCCGUGUGUCUGAUCUUGUACCCCAAAUAAGAUCAAUUAAUAAUGACACUACUUCACCUUAAGGUACAUCCCUGGUGAGUAAACCACUUCCAGAGAAUCAGUGGUCCAUUGGGGAAAAUGGCAGCCUCUUGAAGCCUUUCUCCACAGCCUAAAGUUUGAGGCAGUUCUAGAAAGGGUGAGCUGGCUGUUUCCUCACUGCUAGCUCUGGACAUAAAAUCACUUUCCUUUCACUCCACUUCAUCUUGUUAUUCAUUUUACAAGUGGUGAGCAGCUAAGCCUGUACUUGAUUAUAAGAGCAGAUACAAUCUAGCAUAUGUUAUGUGGCUUUCCAAGGUUGCUUAAAUAGACAGAUGUGGCAACAUUGAGCCUAUGUUCUCUCACAUCAUUGGAUGCAGAGGAGAAGCUGCCCCUUUUAUGGGUCUAUAUAUACUCCCUCAUCUACCACCAUCACUACUUGGCCAGCUUCUUUUAUUUGAAUUUUUGCAAGAACCUGUUGGUAUGUAUACAAGAUUGAGCAUUAACUCUUGGAAGUGGCAAUGGAAACACCAUACCAAAAAUGCCUAUUUCACAGAUAAACUGGAAAAUGCUUCUGUACAAACAACUUUGUGCACAAUUAGGGACCCACUGACCAAGGAUAAAUCCAAUGCAAGUCUGAUGAUGAACAUCACCAUUUAGUAAAGCAGUCUAGCCUGAACAAACUGGCAUAGUAUCUUCAUAUAACCUAUGUACAUCUUCCCAUAAACUUAAAGUCAUCCCUAGGUUAAUUAUAAUACUGAAUAUAAUGCACAUACUAUAUAAAUAAUAAUUAUACUGUAUUUAGGGAGUAAUGACAGGAAAAAAGGUCUGUACAUGUUCAAUAUAGACACAACCGUCUUUAUUUCCCCCCAAGUAUUUUUGAUCCACAAUUGGUUGAAUUUACAAAUGCCCAUGGACUGUAAUAAGCUCUUAAUAAAGUUGUGCAUAGUUUAUGAAUAA